AUGCUUCCCAUUCCCUUUCCACAAGGUCUUAAGAAGAAUAAACAAGGUAUAAAUUAUGAAAAUUUCCUCGAUAUUCUCAAAAAGCUCCAAAUCAAUAUUCCGUUCAUUGAUGCGAUAUUACAAAUUCCAAACUACGCGAAAUUUUUAAAAGAGAUGUUGACAAAGAAAAGAAAGCUUUCGGAGUUUGAAACUGUGGCAUUUACUGAGAAAAGUAGUGCAAGAGUCCUGAGCAAAUUACCUCUUAAAUUGAAGGAUCAAAAGAGUUUUACUUUACCAAUUUCAAUUGGAAAUUCCUGUUCAAUUAAUGCAUUGUGUGACAUGGGUGCUAGCAUCAAUCUAAUGUCGUAUUCUGUUUAUAGAAAAUUGGGACUAGGUAAAGUCAACUCAACAUCAAUAAUGCUACAACUAGCUGAUAGAACAAUUUCAAGGCCGCAUGGCACAGUUGAGGAUGUACUCAUAAAAGCAGGAAAUUUCAUAAUUUUUGUGGAUUUCAUUGUAUUGGACAUACGAGAAGAUCUAGACAUUCCAGUUAUAUUGGUCUGCAAGGAUAUCUUAAAACCUAGUGCCCUAAAGUUGUAUGACUUGGGAGUCAUCAGCUUAAAGCACGUUACAGGAGUCAUUUAG